AUGCGAACACCCUAUAAAUUUGUAUCCUGCGUAGCCGCCAUUCUGGCCGCUGCCAGCGGCGUCACCUCCCUCGUUCUUCCCACAGACGGCUCCUCCAUGUCCUCAUCCUUGUACCAAGCCCCCGAUGCAAUUGCAAAGCCAACCACUCUCCCAGUCCCCAGAAACAUCAUCGCCACCCGCGACGACGACGACGUAGUCUCGGGCGGCAACACCACUCUUCACAACAUGAACGACGGAAAUUCAUUCUGGAUGGCUCCCCUCGCCGACGACGACGACGAACUUCCACUUCCAAUCCCAGCCCCAGCCUCAAACCAACCCAACAACGACACGUCCCUCCAUGUCGUCCCUCGCUACGGCCCCGGCGCCUCCCCCGGCAAGAACGACCCCAAAAAAGUGUACUGCGCAGACUUCAAAGAAAUCACCGACGAAACCAGCGACAAGUCGCCUCUGAUAGCCGACUGCCUAGGUAUCAUCCCCAACAUCGCGCCUCCGGAGCACGGGGCGCACUGGAAGUUCAUGAUCGGGCGGACGCGGUCAAUCGUCAAGAACAAGAGCUGUGUGUUGGCGGUGUCGGCCAAUCAUAUCGGGCAGAAGGGGUCGUGGAUGAAUGUGGGCAAUAUGGAUGUCAUUAGCGUGAUUGAGGAGUUGGCGGCCAUGAGAGAGGGGAAGGGGGAUAAGAUGGGGGGAAAGACGACUGCGCAGUGUAAGAUUGUUGUUACUGCUAUGCCGGGGGAGGUGGAGUUUUCUGUCUUUCAUACCUAG